CUUGGCAAACAUUCCACACCUCUCACCUCGCCAACCAGCCACCCACGCACGCGUGCCUUGCGUCCCACUCGUCAUCAUGUCCGGUAUCGCUGAUCCUUCCAUCCGAAUGGAUUCGGAGUACUACAAGAAGGCGACGAGCGUGGAGGAGAUGAAGGAAACGUCCGCCGUCUUGAAGGCCGCUGCACGUCACAUGGGCCAGGCAUGCGCUGAGGUUUCCCUCGGCUACAUGAGGUGCAAGAAGGCCAACAACGGUGACCCCACCAAGUGCCUCGAACAGGGCGAGGCUGUGACCAAAUGCGGCAUUGAAUUCUUCAAGGCCCUGCGCAGCAACUGCGGUGCCGAGCUUGAUGCGCAAGCAGAGUGCCUUGAGUCCAACAACCACACAUUCUCCAAGUGCCGCAAGACGCAAUCUGCACUUGACGAGUGUGUCUUUGAGAAGAUGAACCUUGAUGGGGCGUACAAGACGUACGACACAACGCGCGCGUCGAGCUCGUAUGCGCAGGAGUGAGGAUAGUUGCUUGUUUUGCACCCACAUGACCAUAAUCACAGCUGCUGCCACAACAAACGAGGAAGAAGAACAACACCUACAACAGAAUAGCAACAACUACCACAACUGCAGCAACAAUGAACAAGUUUGUGCCGCUGCCUGGCCUUCCUUCCCUCGUUGUGGCUGUGUGUUGGAGGGUGCAGCAAGAGGAGGAAUAAUGCGUGAAAUGUGUGAGAAGCAGGUGUUGAUGAGAGACGUGUGUGUGCGUGUGUGCGUGUGUGUGCGUGUGUUCAUUCUGUGUGUUUGUGUUUGUCGUACAAUUCUCGCAAACCCGCAUGCGCGUUUGUAUGUGUGCCAGUGUGCUUUCGGAAGUAAAGCAGCAAGCGCACCCCCCC